ACCUUUCAGGAAGUUUGAAGCCUCACUCUUUUGCAGUCACGCUAGUGAGACGCACAAACCUGAAACUUCGGGUUUAAGAAACGUUUUAAGGAGGAAAAACUUCACCAAACAUAGAAAAGAUGAAGCAGUUUUUCCGUUUUUGGUUCAUUUUGACAAUUUUUUCAUUACAAGUUUUCUGUAGUGAAGCCUUACAAGAAGCCAAGUCUCCAGGGGACAUUAUAAUUGGAGGAUUGUUCCCAAUACACGAAAGUGUUGAUGAUAAAGGACACUGUAACAGGUUCAGUGUUGCCCGGCUGGCCCAGUCUCUGAUGAUGGUGCAUGCGAUAGAGGAGAUAAAUCAGAGUGGAGAACUUGGCAACAUCACUCUGGGAUAUCACAUAGUGGACUCCUGUGGUGAUAUUACCACAGCGUUGAGUAACACUCUGCCCUUCAUGAAAAUAAACGAUCGCAAACAGCAGCUCACCCCACCAGUGAUGGCUGUCGUAGGAGAUUACUACUCAGAAAUAUCUGUAGCAGUCACAAGACAACUCAACUUGGAGAAAAUCCCUGAGAUCAGUUAUGGUUCUACAUCCGGCUUCCUAAGUGAUAAAACUCGCUUUCCAAGCUUUCUGAGGACUGUACCAGAGGAUGAUCACCAAGCACAUGCCAUCAUUGAAAUUCUCAAGGAUCACAACUGGAACUGGGUUGGAAUUGUGGCAACCGAUGGUGAAUAUGGCCGCUAUGCUGUAGAACGUCUCCGGCAUCAUGCAGAGCAUCAUGACAUCUGCUUUGCAUACAUUAAGUUCUUGCCAGAGUUUCUUGUUGACAAUAACCUCAAGGAUAGCAUCAACGAAGCAGUCAAUAGCAUCACUGAAAAUACUAAUGUCUCAGUUAUUGUCUCCUUCACCAAACCCAACCACAUGAUGUAUAUCUUUGACAAUGUUCUUCGGCAUCACAGAGGUAGAAACAAAGUUUGGAUAGCCAGUGAUACCUGGUCCCAAUCAGUUAAUUGUCUGGAUACAACAAGAUGGAAUUUGAAAGAUGUGGGGACAAUUUUUGGCAUAACCCUAAAAUCUGGAAACGCAUCCAGGUUUCAACAGUUUCUCAGGAAUCUUGAUAAACGUCCCGAUCUGUACAAGAACAACUCAUUUUUGAGCGACUUUUUAAAUGGCACUGUCAGUGGCUCAAAUACAACAUUCGAUACAAAGAUCAAUCAGUUAAUCAACAUGAUAUAUCCGUAUGCCGUGUUCAGUAUCGAGCUGGCAAUCAAAGCAAUUGCUGAGACUGUUAAAGACCUGUGCAUCAACCAGGAGUGUGAUAUUGCCACAUUACAACCUGAAAAGUUCAGAGAUGCUUUGAAAACAGCAAAUUUCUACUUGGAUGGGAAAAAAUAUUCAUUUGAUAAAAACUGCAAUCUCAACUCGGGGUAUGAUAUUGUCCUGUGGCGAUACAACUCACCAAACACUCUGGACAUGAACUAUCAAAUUGGUCAUUAUGACAUAGAACAGGAGAGCAUGACUUUCAUUAGAUCAGAAAUCAACAGUUUUUAUCAUCAGACGAAAAAAGUGAGUUCGAGGUGCUCAACGUGUUAUCCUGGCCAGUGGAAGGUCAGAAAGGCUGGACAGCCAGUUUGUUGCUACGAAUGCAAAAACUGUCCCGUGAAUUAUUACUCGGCCGAGAAAGAUGCUUCAAUUUGUUUGGCAUGUGAAAGCCCCACUCACUACUCUUUCGAGGGUAGCCAAAACUGUACCAAGAAAAGAAUCGACUUCCUGGAGUGGGACGAUGUAUAUCAUAUUGUGCUUCUGGCUUUUGCUGGACUCGGAGUUCUGCUCACCCUCGUGGUUGCCAUCAUCUUCCUCGCCCGUUGGAAUACACCAGCCGUACGCUCAUCUGUUGGCCCCAUCGCCAUCCUCCUCCUCCUCUCGCUUCUGAGUACGUUUGGGAGUGUGGUUCUAUUUGGCGGUCAACCCAAGGACUGGCAGUGCAAAGCACGACAGGUGUUGUUUGGUUUGAGUUUUACGUUAUCUGUCUCCUGUAUCUUGGUAAAGUCAUUUAAGAUCAUCUUGGCCUUUGAAUUUGACCCUGUAACAAAAGACCUCCUGGCGAAGCUCUACAAGCCUUAUCUUAUUAUUCCAUUGUGCAUGGCAGGUCAGGUGCUGAUUUGCACAGUGUGGCUGGCCUAUAAGCCUCCGGUGUCACAGGUGGAUUCUAUAUCAUUUGCCAAAAUACUUCUCUUGAAAUGUGAUGAGAAUUUAUUUCCUGCGUUUGGGGCCAUGCUAGCCUACAUAGGCUUUUUAGCAAUCAUCUGCUUCAUUCUGGCUUUCAAAGGUAGAAAGUUGCCUGAAUACUACAAUGAUGCCAAGUUCAUCACCUUCUCUAUGCUGAUUUAUCUCAUUACCUGGAUCAUUUUUGGUCCAGUUUAUGUGAAUGUUACAGGCAAGUACAAUUCUGCGAUUGAAAUGGCUGUUAUCCUCAUCUCAGCUUAUAGCGUCCUGUUUUGCCUGUUCUUUACAAAAUGUUACAUCAUCUUGUUCAAACAGGAAGAAAACACAGAGAGAGUGUUUCGUAAUAAUGUGAAAAACUUUUCAAUGGGAAAAGACAAGAAUCUGGACAAGAACUAUCCCAGUGGAAUCCAAAAUCCAGCUCUAUCAAUGGAGUCGUUGUCAAGUCCAGAGCCUUUGCAUCCUGUAAUUGAACGGCGGGAGUCCUUAAACUCUAUUGCGAAACCGUUCUUUCAAUCCCCCAUCUUAGAUCAACAGCCACCCUUGCUGCAGGAUGAAGCACAAUAAAAACAGUUGCAGCAAUAUAUAAAAAUAUGUAUAUAAUAAUAAGAUUGCCAAUUUGGGCACAGAAAUAAUUUUUAGGUUGCUACAUAUAAAUAUAUAAAACACAAUAUAGAUAUCAAGUCAAACAAAAAAUAAAUGACUGCGUUAUACUCACUCCAAUAAUAAAUUGAGUUAUAUUAACCUAAUAGAUAAAUGGCUUACUGGUUUUAUCACUGACCUAUUUAGAGUAAUCUGUUAAUUAAAGCAAAAUGUAUGAUACUGUGAUAAAAAAAAAUUGCAACACACAAAUCACUUAUUACUCAUAGAAUGAACUUCCUGUUUACCUCUAUAUAUUUUCCGUAUCUUGUUUUAGGUCAAUGAGGGUUCCCUUGUAUUUACUUCUAUAACUUGAUUUCACUUUUAGUGUCCUUCACAAGCCUCUCACAUUGGUCUCCUGUAUGUUUUUACCCAUUUUCCAGUCAGAAAUGGUGCGACUGAGUCAUGAUGCCACUUUGCUUCAGUUCAGUAGAAAACAGUCAGGUAGUUCUACUUUUAUUUUACAUCCGUGAAUAAGAAAAACACAGUGUUGAAGUUUACUUUUAUUCAGUCAACUGAUUUUUUUGGCAUCUGGACAAAUUUCAUUUGGCUGCAUUUUGCAAUCUAUCAGAGGCAAGUAAACUCUUUUCUGUUCUGCCUACAUGUUUUCUAUGGGACUGAGAUCAUAGCUUUUUGAUCUGUACUCCAAAAUAUUGACUUUGUUGUCCUCAAGUUAAUUUGGGAUUACAUCAUGUCAUCUCUAUACCCUGGAAUUGAUCAAAUUGAAAUCAUUUUGGUUACUCUAACUGAAGUACAUAUUUUGAUUUAAUGUCUGUCAGAAAAAAAAAACAUUAUCCAGUAUGUAUCUGAUAAACAUAUGUUCUUCUUUUCUUGUUGUUUUUGUACUGAUUUAAGUUUGAAAAGGAUCAAUCCAGCUGACAAGUUGCAGUGUACCCAAGUAGAUUUUUUGUUUUGUUCUGUUUUUAGUAGGAUUUUUUUUUUUUUUUUGGCUAAUCAUUUAACUUUCCAACAUAUAAAUUGUGCCUGUCAGACAUGUGGUGAAAUGUGCGGGUGCUGUGAUAAAUUCUAAUAUAACCUUUAAAAAUGUGAAGAGGUGUAUUUAAGAAUAAAACAUAUUUUUCCA